ACUUUUGAAUUAACUUUUGUAAUUUAUUUUUUUGCUUCGUCGUAAUAUGAUCAUCACAUUGAUCUUGAUCAUCAGUUGGAACAAUGAAUGACUUAAUUGUUGAUCAAUUUGAUAUCUAGAAUUGAUCUAGAAUAUCUAGGUAUACCUCUAGACACUAGAGUAGUAAUCAUUUCAUAUCCCAUGUUGGCCAUAGACCACCAGCCCGCUUCCUCCAGGCAUCUUGGUUAUUUGUGAGUCUCUCCAUAGUAGACUCUACUAAUCUCUAGUAGAUCUAUAUACUAAAUAAAUUGACAUUGUCUAAAUUGACAAAAUCUAGAUAUAUGUAGAGAUUAGAAUCUAGAAUUCUAGAUCAUAUUAUUCUAUAUAGUUAUAGAUUAUAAUAAGUAAAAAGGCACCAUUUCAACCUUCCUGAUGAUGUGAAGGUCAUCUGUUUCUAUGACUGACUGUUAACAAGAGUGUCAUGUGGGCAUCACAGUGACCAACCUUUCUUCUACUACUGUUAAGUAGCCUACCAAUUAGAGUUGGGUGGACUCAAGAGCAAGCUUAAAAUCCCAGAGCUCAAAAUCCCAGUCUUGACAGAGAUUCAAACCAGAGACCCCUUAGUUAGGAAGCCAAGCAUUUAACCACUCAGCCACCAUGCCCUCAUAGAUUAUAGAUGUCUAAAUCCAUAUAUAUUACAUCUGGAUAAUUGUAGAUCUAUCUAGAUUUUAUAGAUAGAUAGAUGGAAAGUACUAUGGAUCUAUAGUUUAAAUAUUAAAUCAAACCAAGUAAGGGCACGUUGAAAAAUUGCUGAAAAGUUGCUGGCAGAUCUUUUUAAUGAAAUAUGUGCACUUCCCUCCAUAAGCAACCACCUGGUUAUACUGUCUUUGGAGUCACCAAAGAUAAACAUGAUGUUAAACAGUGAAGGAAAAGAAAGUGGAGACAAUAACUUCAGCAUUCAAACUGGUACUGAUUCAUUUGUCUCUCGAAGUAAUGAUGUUUUUGCCAGUCUUGGAGUUCUGGAAGAAAAGCAUUCAGCAUUUUUGAAAGCAAAAAUCUUGGGCAAAGAUGACCCUGACCUGAUGAAAGAUGACCCAGAAGAUGAAGAUACAUGUACUGCUGCUGAAAAAGAGAGGCUAAAUCGAGAACAGAGGUUGAAAUUGGGUCUAACAAGAGAUUCCGAUUUUGAGCCUCGUUCCCACAGCAGGUCUCCGAACAGAGAUUCCAAAAAGAAGAGUGAUAAUGGUGAGCAGUAUAGAGAAGGUUGUCUGUUUAAACGUCCAGGCAGGCCACCUCGCCAACCAUAUGUUCCAGAUUUCAAAAGGCAUCCUGAGAGGUACACUUGCUAUACACUAAGUGAUGUAUCUGAGAGUCAGAUGUCUGAGAAAUCCAACCAGGGUGCAGCUUUUGCUUUUCUAGAGGAGCAGCGAUUGCUCAGAGAAAAAAGGGAAAGAGAAUCACUUGGCCUAACAGAAGAGGCUGAGAAAUUUGAUAGCAGUGAUGCUGCCUGCUCACAGGGUAAAAUAACCUUUUCUAAUCCAAGGUCCAGAAAGCAGCCUGCAAGUGAGCAAAUGAUGUCCUGUAAAGACAGUUUAGCACCCGCUACUGGUGUGUCUGUUGAUAUAGAUGCAGAGAGGGAUGCCAAUCUCUCAACUGAAGUAAAGACAGACAAGAAAAUGGAAGUUGAAGAAAAAACUUUCAAGACCAGAAAAAAUGUUAGAAGGCAGAUAAGGAAGGGAGACAAUGAUGAUCAUUCUGACUGAAAAAAAUGUUUUAAAUAAAGUCAUAUCAUGAACAAAUCAUAAAUUCCAGCUUUGGUCCUGGGCUGGAAUGCGUACAUACAAGUACUUUAGUGCCUUCCUUUGAGGAUGGACAUCUGUGUAUUGAUCAUGUGCAAUGAGAAGAACUGUUCACUCAGAGCUUGGGCUAGCCAACAACUUUGCCUUACAGUCUGUUAGAAUAAUUUUAGGGUGCACUUUUUGUGUUUUUGACUUCCCUAGAACCUCUAUUACCUACAAUGUCACUAGAACACCUGAUCACAUUAAAGUGAUUAGUGUCACCAAUUUUUUUUUUCCUGGCUUUCCGAUUCCUUUCUAAAGUCAUUUGUACUGGUCACUUUCCAAUGACUUUUCUACCUAAAAUGUCCAUAGUUAAAUAAUAAUUUCUUCUUUCCUAUUUCUUGAUUCCACUCUAUUUCUUAUAUAUCAAGUUGCUCAGAAAAUUCUUAUUCAUUUAACAAUAUUCAAAUUCAUUUGUAACACUUUACAAAAAUAAAAGAAAUUAUAUGACUACAUAUAAUAUCUGAAUUGAAGGCUCAGUGGCUGAGUGGUAAAGCCCUUUAAGCUUAAAAACAAAAGUAAAACAUGUAUAUAUUUAUAUAAAUAAAUAUAUAUAUAUAUAUUUAUAUAAAUAAAUAUAUAUUUAUAUAAAUAAAUAUAUAUAUAUAUUGUUAAAAAAAAUAGAUACAGAUACUCAGUAAUGAAUUGCCUAACUUUUAACUUCUAAUAAAUUAAUAAUAAAUGUUAAAAGACUAGAAAAGUAAUAUUUAUUUCCCCACAUUGAAAACAAAACAAAACACUGUAAAGCAGCUCUCACAUAUUGUACUAAAUUACAUUUUAAUCCUACCUAUAUUCUAAAAAAUAUAAUACGCUGGUACAUACUUCAGUUUUAAUUUCAUAAAUUUACAUCAGCACUGCAUCUGAUUACUGAGUGUAUCAGAUUAUGAAGUGUCAAGAGUUGACUGUAUUUACGAUUAGCAAAUAAAAACAUGUAUCUUUAUGAGGCAUGAAUAAUAAUGACAUGGAACAUUUAUCUAGUACAGUCCCAGGUUCCAGUUCUGAUCAGGCGAUUUCCCAUUUGUAGGUAUGAGUAAAAGAUUGGCUCACACAGGAUACAAGUGUUAAUUCAGCUCUAAUUGAUACAUAACAAACUAUAUCUGACAUGGUGUUAGAUGAUUCAUCUUCCUUACAUAGUAAGUCUCGAUGAAAAUUAAGACUUCAUUCAACAAACUCAUCAGUCGAUUGCAUCUUAUUAUGAAUCAAAUAAUGUCUAUGGUGCAGCUGUUCAAAUAAUAAUGUUAUGUUUUUUUUAAAAUGAAAAAUGCAACAUAGCACAUUUUUUUUCUUCAUUAGUUUAUCCUAUUUCCAUUAUUGUCAUUUUAUAUUAUGAUAAUAAAAGCCUAUUUUUUGUUAAUAUGA